AUGCAUUUUUGCAGCAAUUUGCCCACAACUUCAUCUCGAAAAUGUACCAAUCCUACAAUAAAAUCUGAAGAAAUAGUUCCAACAAGAUUCAUAUCAGGAUAA